CUGCGCUCUCCCCUCUUCUCCUCAUUCUAUAACCUUGCCAAGUUUGCUCGGUUCUCUCUCUCUCACUGUCUUUACCACUCCAGUAAAAGAGAGCGAGGAGCAAAGUCAGUGCAAGGCACCGCACCGCACCGCACCUACAUACAUACAUAUACAUAUAUUUGUUACACCCAUACAUAUUUUUACUUACAUUCCAGAUUGUUGACUUGAGAUCUCGACUUUUGUAAUUCUUUCAUUGCCAUGGAGACUCCAUUCUACGAGCAGUCCCCUGAAUCCGUACCCGAAACAACCAAUAAGUCUACCGGUCGCCCAAAAAAGAGUUCCAAACCCCAAAAAGACAAGAACGGAGCGAAUGCGAACAGCAAACGCAUCAAGAUUCAACGAGCUUGCGAUGCAUGUCGAAAACGCAAAGUAAAAUGCGAUGGUGUUCAACCUUGUGAAAGAUGCAGAAAGGCCGACUGUCCUUGUGUGUUUGGGCAACCACCGACAAAACGCGGCCCACCAAAGCAGUAUAUCGAGCUCCUCGAAGCUCGUCUUCAACUUGUCGAACGCGCAUUACGAACAAUCGAUGGUCCCGCACGCCGUAUCCUCGACGAUACCAUGUCACUUCAGGAUACAAGCGGUUUAUUCGAAGACACCACAGAUGUAGGGAUCGUCCAAGAAAACGGACCCGGGCGCGUAUCAGUUGCUGCACCAUAUAGUCCUGGAUUGUCUCCCACCAUGAUGGCAGAUCGCUUCACAAUCAACGAAAUCGGUCAGGCCCUCUAUGUGAGCGACAUAAAGGAACGUGUGGACCGAAUACCGAGUGUGCACACCGAUAAAGCUGGCCAUUCUCCCUCGCACAGCAAGUACUCCGGGCCCUUUGGAGAUUCCCAUUCUGACGCUGGCUCCACCGCCGACUCCACUGCAUCAUCCUCAGCCGCCGCUAGUCCAGCUGUUACUCAAGGCAGCGUGAGCAGCUGUGGUCACAGAAACCAGAUGAUCGAAGCAGACAUUGUCCCUCCAGAGGCCUAUGUAGCUGUCCAACAAUUUCUUGGGGACAUUCCUCUCGCACUUAUUGAAGCCUAUUUUGACCAUGUCCACACCUACGCCCCCAUGAUACACAAGCCCCACUUUUACAAAAAACUCGUCUCAAAAACUGACUGUCCUUCAAAACUGCUUUUGUAUGCCAUGUGCGCCGUUGCCUCCCGCUGGGCACCCGCCUCUCAAACCUCUCAGGCCUCUCAACAAUCGCCAGGCGCUCCCCCAGGCUUUUUCUUUUAUCAGCGUGCCUUUGCCCUCAUCGACGAGCACUCUGACGUACCUCGGGUAUCAACCGUUCAAGCCUUAAUACUCCUCACAAAAUACCAAGAACAUUAUCGACGGGCUGGGUUCUUCUGCCGCCCCGGCCUCUUUCUAAGUGUGGCAUCAAAAAUGGCCAACGAUCUGGGCCUGUCAAGAGUAGACACGUCCGGUCAACAUGACGCCCAAACAAUCGAAACAAAAAAACGUACAUUCUGGGUCAUCUUUGUGUACGAUCUGAUGACAAGUAUCGAAGAAGGCAGAGAGCCAUUCUUUGCUAGCACCCAGUGCACAACAGAUUACCCCCAGGCCACAGCAGAAGAAGGCCCGACACUCGAGGAGCUGAUCAUGAAUCACAACAGUGUGAUCCAGCUCACAAAAAUUCUGUCGGAUAUCUAUAUGAUGACACGCCGGGUUGCAACACGACAACAACAACAGGCGAAUGCACGUUCGGCUCAUCAAGUUAUCGAAGAGCAUGCACGCCUUUUUGUGCUUCACACACACCUAGAGACAUUUGUGCACGAAUUGCCAGCCCCUCUGUCUUAUAUGCCCACUCAACACUCGACCAGUUACCCUGCCGAGAAACAGCAAGUUACGGACGAGUUCAUUGGCUUCUUGCACAUGAUGUACCACUUUAGUAUGAUUCUCCUCCAUCGCCACUAUGUACUCUAUCCUUUCCCUGAAAUCAACGUUCCCCUCAACGCAUUCCCGCACCAAGAACUAUGCGCCUCGUCGGCAUCAAACAUCACAAAUAUUAUUGAAACCAUUAUUGACACUAUGCCCAUCGAUAUAUUUAGCUAUCCCACUAGAGGAGUCCAGUUGACUAUCCACUGCGCUGCAACAGCUGCCACAGUCCAUCAGUACGAGAAAGAUAUGGCUAAAGACAUUGGUGCGGCAGAGUGUGCAAAGGGCCAGUACUUUAGGACUCUUUCUACCCUUCAACGUUUGGCAUCAGAGUCACCUGCCGUCGAGUUCCACUCCCUCCUCAGAGAGACUGAGCUUAGUCAGCUGUAUGGUCAAAUGGCAGUCGACACCUCUUCAUCUUCUUCUGCCGGCAUUGACUCUAAACUUGCAUCCGAUGAUAUUAAUGUACAUGUACCGAUGCCGCCAGUGCAGACACCUAGCUAUUAUCCAAUGACACAGAGUUCUGCUGUUUCAAUUGCAUCAUCAUCUUCACCAUCAGUGCAUUAUUCCAAUGACCCCUCAUCAACCUCCCCCUCGCCUGUACUUCCUUCUGCUGACACUUCGCGUGGUAGACCUGCCAAGACAACCAAGACUUCGAGACGACACACACUCACUGGCCCGAUGGGACAACGUGUUCAAAAUAACCUGUAUGCUCUUGAUAUCGGACCACCACAAUCAGUUGUUAGUCAAGCUGCGUUAUUUACUUCGAGUGCUUCGUUGGCAGAUCCAGCUAGAUAUGCCUCAAUAUUGCAGAACGGCGGGUUACAGCAGAUGUCGGCCUUUAAUCACCACCAGCAACCGCUCCAAACAACCCACCAUCAUUUCCAACCUUCACUUCAGUCCCAACAGCCACCUACCAAGCAGACCUUGCGCCGAAAGCAGCCUGGAUUCAAUUCCCAUGGUUCACAUUCGCUAGAAGAUCUUCGAGGCGUACGGCGUUCACACAUGAACCGUCCUUUGUCACAGGGUGGAUACCCGUUGGGCGGACCAAAGUCAAGAUCACCUUCAUUGUAUCGCAGCAGCUCAAUGUACUUUCCUCGAACACACACCAACACUCCUUUCUCGUCAGAUAUAUCUGCUGAUUUUUAUGCUUCCCUUGAAACCCAAAAUCCUUCUGGUCCAGAAUCACGUCAACCGUCACCUAUAUUUUAUGAUAAUCACAAUAAUCAUCACUCUCCUUUGACGGCUACCAAUAUGUCUUCAGUAGGUGGACACCAGCGUCGCCACACGAUCUCUAUCCCGGGUGGUCCUGGUGGGUUUGAUCCAUCCAUUUAUAUUGAUACCUCUCCCGGAAUGACCCAACAGCAACAACCUUUUAUGACCCCAAAUGAUACCACCCCUAUGCAAGCCACUCAGCCGAUUAGCAAGCUUAUGACAACCCAAAACCCAAUGAUGUCUGCACCUUCGUCUGACCAUGCACACCAUAUGUUGCUUGAUACCUCCCUCCCUCCCACCAUCGCAGAUGAAGACGAGACGAUGAACGAUCUUAGUUAUACCGAACACUUGACUUGGCCAAUGGCACCUUUUGAGGAUAUCCAACGAAGUGAAGGGCAUGUUAUGCAGUAA